AUGGAUGGAUGCCAGGAGUUCUUGUACACGGGAUGCAUUCAAGUCUUGACUGUGGACACCGCCCUGGAGCUGUUGGGCGUGGCCGAUCACUAUGCAUUGCAGGAUCUGUCGACGUUGUGCGACAACUUUCUCGCCUACAAACUCGAUACCGAGACUGUGUGCCACGUGUUGAUUGCCGCCACCCAUUUCCAAGUGAGUGGACACGUUGAAGACCACGUGCAUGUGCUUCCUGCAAGCUCAUUUCACCAAGUGGUGUCGACGAAAGGCUUUGAAGAGCUGGGCGAGUUCCCGGCGGCGCUGCUGCUGGAAGUCACGCGAGUGUCCAUGCUGUCGAGUCAUAAGCAUCAUAAAAUCGGUUCGAUAACAUUACAAUAA